AUGUUUAGAGAUGAAAUGCAGCAUACAAUCGUGAUACAGCAGUUCUUCACAUUGUUGGUGCUCAUUAUUCUAACAUUGUUCGACCGUAUUUGCCCAUAUGCCCACGUAUUGCUAACAAGUGUUUCAUUUUUGAUCUCGUCUUUCAUCGCCAUUGGACCACAUAUGAUUAUUGCCAAAUCCAAUCUAUACGGGGUGAAACCGUUCACUUCGAUGGUUUUUAUGCCAGUCUGCGUUUCACACAUCACUUCAGUUUUCCUACUGUAUCGCAUCCCGUAUUCGUACAGAUGCAUUCUGUUCACUAUUGAUUUUGUGAUCUUUGAAAUUUUAUUGUCGAUUUUCCCCGUCUAUGGAGCGACACCCGCACAGAGCUUUCUGAGGUAUUGA